AUGGCUUCGCCGCGGGCUCUUCAAUACUUCAUUGGCACGCCAAAAUCCCUGCGCAGUUGGCAGAUUGAGGAUCUGAACGACGCUUUUUUCAGAAACACAACGUCUGCCAGGAUGGGAUCCACCAACCCGGAAGAUCUAGAGGAUCAGAUCAAGAUGCUGUCAAUAUGUGAAGGCUUCUAUCGUAAUACCCAUGAAAUCAUCCUAGAAGACCUUCUCAUGCCCCUUAUGGAUGUCGAGAUAGACGCGAAAGAAGCUUGCGCAACUCAGCUGGCAGCUAUUAACCCCCUCGCCAGUCACUUUGACUCGUUACCAGUGCCACUUGAUAGGACAUCUGUUCUUCGAUUGCUAAGGCAAAACGGGACCAAUUCCCUUGAGAAAUCCAAGGAGCUUCUGAAAGCCAAUGCUCUUUGGCGACUUUGUAACGUGAACAAUCAAUUGAGGCAAAAAUUGCAGAGUCUUCUUUUAUAUGCUAUUGAAUGUUUGGAUCGAGCAUCCCAGGAGACGCCCGAUACGGACUCCGCCUAUGGAGAAGCCGGGUUUCGCAAUAUUGGCUAUGAGAGACUCACGAGCCUCGAAUUUCAACGACAAUUCUAUUUUCGAGCCAUGAUCAACCUGCAUAUUCUGACUAUGAUCAAGUGCUGGCUUCAUGGUUUCGGAUUGUUGGCCAGAGCAUCGGUCGAUCAUUGGCUGGAAAUCAAAAAUGACGUCGAAAGAGAAGUCCCGGGUCUAGCAAAUAUGUCACAAGUGGAGAGAGAUGAAUGGAUCGAACGCCUCUUGCAGCAUAUGGCCCCUUUGUUACCUGACGAGGGACCCCGAGUGUUGGACCCGUUUGUGGCACCUGGAGCACCACACACGGGAGAGGCUCUACCAGCGACACGAGAAUAUGACACGGGGACACGAGUCGUUCCGCCGGCGCUACCAGAGUUUCGAGGGCUAACACUAGAGAAGUAG